AUACAGCCCCAGCCCCGGUCACCCAGUGCAGACAGAGUCCCUGGAGCAACAUGAAGUUCCUGCUGGGAGAACUCUGUCUCUGCUUGGUCGUGACUCUGUCCCUCUCUUUGCCUCGUCCCAGGACGAAGAUCAGCAGCGGCGCAGACAGUCCAGAGCCCACCAUCCCAGGUUCCCCCGAUCGAUGUGAUGGACUUGGAUUUGAUGCGGCUGUUUUGGAUGAAGUGGGAACGCCCUUGUAUUUCAGGGAUGCGUUUGUGUGGAAGGGGUUCCAUGGAACAGCCAAGCUGAUCAACAGCACCUGGCCCCAGCUGCCCUCUCACCUCGACGCUGCCUUCCGCAUGCACCACAGCAAUGACCCAGCUCAUCACGACAGGACAUUCUUCUUCAAGGGAAAUCAGGUCUGGCAGUAUCACGGCUCCACUCUAGAAGGCACAUUCCUGAUCCGUGACAAGUUCCCAGGAAUUCCGGACAACCUUGACGGAGCGAUAGGAUGUUUCCAGGGAGACUGUGUGAAGGAUUCCGUGCUGUUUUCCAAAGGAGACACCAUGUACGUCCUGGAUCUCAGUGUCAAGACAGUGAAAGAAAGGAGCUGGCAAGGACUCAGGGGCUGUUCUGCAUUGAUGCAAUGGGUCGACAGAUAUUACUGCUUCAAAGGAAUAAACUUCACUCGCUUCAAUCCCAGCAGUGGAGAAGUUCCUGCAGGAUACCCAAAGGAUGCCAGGGAUUAUUUCUUUAAAUGUGAGGGACGAGGCCAUUGGAGUGGGAACACCACCACUGACAGGAACAUCUUCAACAUCUGCAGCAAUGUCUCCUUCGACGAGUUCGACGAGGACGAGCUGGGGAGGAUGUAUGCGUUCCGGAGCAACUGGUACUUUCGGCUGGACGCAAAGCAGAGAGGCUGGCACCCCUGGCCGCUGAGCUCCGCCUGGCCGUCCCUGCAUGGAAAGAUAAACGGAGUCUUCAGCUGGAACAAUAACAUGUACUUCAUCCAGGGAUCCCAGCUGUACAUCUACAAAGCGGAGGCACGUUACACUCUGAUUGAGGGAUAUCCAAAACCGGUCAGGGAUGAGCUGGGAAUUUCCAGCAGUGAUGUUGACGCCACCUUCAUCUGCCCGGGCACAUCCGAGCUCUACAUCAUCAUGGGGAACCACAUGCAGAUGGUCAACCUGCAGCACAGCCCCAGGGUGCUGGGCAACGGGAUCCGCAUCGGUCAUUCAAAAGUGGAUGGGGCGAUGUGCAAUGGUCAAGGGAUUUUUGUCUUCGUUGGCACCCAGUACUACAGAUACAACUCAACUUCCGAGCUGAGUUCGUGGAAGAACACGCCAGCACCAAGGAGCAUCAAGCAGGACUUUCUGCAUUGUCCACACCAAGUGCCUGCAUCCCACCAUCACUGAGAGCUCCUGCCCUCGGUUCCAACUCCUGAACACCUCCCCUCCAUGUUGGCUGGGCACAGUGACCCUCAGAUCCACUCAGUGACCUGUCCCUGGAUCACACCAGGGUUGCCGAGAUUCCAACUGCUUUGUGACCUGAUCCCUUAAAUAAAUCCACUUUUGCUGCAA